AAGAGUGGCAGCAUCUCAUCAGCACCGACACCUGCAUCAGAGGCAGAUGGAUGUUUGUCCUUGUGUUCAAACUCCUGGAUUCCGCAGGGUACCAGGGGCAGACCACGUGGUCAGGUGGGUGCAGGCAGUUUCCCGGAGAGCAGAAUCUUCUAGAGACACAAACGUGAAUGACUUUGGGAGGAAAGGGUGAACAGCAGUGAAGGCUAUCAGGAGUGCCCAAGCUCAACGAGAAGUAGCAAACUAUGGAGCUGAGAGCGGCUCCUUGAGAGCUAGACAAGCUAAGAAUUGUGUCGUAAGCUCACUUUGCAUCCGUAAUGUUUUCUUUGGUGAAGUGGCCAAGCUUCUCACUUUUUCUUCCAUGGCUUAUUUUUUGUUUUGGCCUAACCGGAGAUAACCAGGGUUUCAUUGUUUUCUUCUAGCUGAUUUAAAGUUUAUGUUCCACAUUUAGAUCUACGAGCCAUUCUGAAUUAAUUUUUGUCCAGGGUGCAAGGACUGGGUCCAGGUUCAGCAUGGGCAGUGACUGCAUUGGUAUGCAGCCCCGCGCAGCGCGUUCUUCCUCCCCAGCUCUUCUUUGUCUUGUCCCCUUUUCUGUGGGCCCUGGGCGCCAGGCCUCCUGUCCAGCGAGGGAGGAAGUGCUGAGACAGGUGUGGGACUUGGGAAGGGUGCUGCUUUACUCCAGCCUCCAAGGACAAGGACUGGGUGGGCACCCUGGGCAGGUGCAGGGCACCGGCCCCAGGGAGGAGCCUGGUAAGGGUGGGCGGGGCCGCGGGCACCUGGGGCGUGGGCGGGGCCGCGGCCGCGGUGGAUGUCCCGGAGGUCGACGCGGGCUCUCGCGGGCAGGCGCAGGCUGCGACCCCGCCAGGCGCCCGGACCCGCGGCGCUCCGGAGGCUGAAGCGCGGACGGGGGCGCUCGCCUGGACGCCGAGCUCGGCGCAGACGGCGCGGGGCUCCGCGGGGACUCUGGCGGCAUGAGGACCUCCCUGCAGGCGGUUGCGCUGUGGGGAAAAAAGGCCCCUCCGCACAGCAUCUCUGCCAUCAUGAUCACUGACGACCAGCGGACCAUUGUGACCGGAAGCCAAGAGGGUCAGCUCUGCCUCUGGAACCUCUCACCUGAGCUGCAGAUCUCAGCUAAAGAACUUCUCUUCGGUCAUUCAGCAGCUGUGAGGUGCCUGGCCCGCGCAGGGGACUUCUCCAAACAGCCCUACAUCGUGAGCGCUGCUGAGAACGGGGAGAUGUGCGUGUGGAACGUCACCAGCGGACAGUGCAUGCGGCAGGCCACCCUCCCCUACAGGCACAUGGCCGUCUGUUAUUACCACUGCUCCUCCCGGAUGGCAGGCGAUGGCUGGCUGCUGUGCUGCGGGGAGUACCAGGACGUGCUGGUCGUGGACGCCAGGACCCUGGCUGUGGUCCACACACUGGUGUCCUCUCAGUGCCCGGACUGGGUCACCUGCAUGUGCACCGUCCACUCCGUGCGGGUCCAAGAUUCUCUGCUGGCGGUGACGGUGACCGGGGAUCUCAAGGUGUGGGACCUCUCCUCAGCUAUCAACAGCAUCCAGGAAAAGCGAGAUGUCUAUGAAAAAGAAUCCAAAUUUCUGGACUCCGUGAACUGCCAGACGAUACGAUUUUGCACGUACACAGAGAGACUCCUGCUGGUGGUGUUUCCUAGAUGUUGGAAGGUGUACGAUUACUGCGACUUUUCCCUCCUGUGGACGGAGGACAGCAGCAGCGGGCGGCUCUUUGCGGGAGGAGAGGUGCUGGCCGCCCACAGGGUCCUCGUCUGGACCGAGGACGGCCGAAGCUACAUCUAUCAGCUGCUGAACAGUGGGCUUUCCAAAAGUAGCACCCCAGCCGACGGCAGGCUGCUGAAAGAGACCAUUUACCCCCAUUUACUGUGCUCUGCUUCCGCGGAGGAAAAUCAGAGCCUGCCAUUUGUCAUGGGAUAUGUGAACGAAAGGAAGGAACCUUUCUACAAGGUGCUGUUCUCUGGAGAAGUGUCAGGGAGGAUUACUUUGUGGCACAUCCCUGACGUUCUGGUGACCAAGUUUGACGGUUCUCCGAGAGAGAUACCGAUCACCACCACCUGGACACUUCAAGAUAAUUUCGAUAGGCAUCACAUGAUGUCACAAAGCACCCUGGACCGGUUCCCUGGGCCUGGGGGCAAGGCCGGGGCUGCAGCUGUGACAGCAUCAGAGUACGUGCCCGGCCUGGACAGACUCAUCUGCGGCUGUGAGGAUGGCAUGGUCUUCAUCACGUGGGCGCUGAGCGCGGCCCGAGCAGGGCUCCUGGACAGCGGCUCUGUGCCAACAGAUCCCCCUGCCCACAAAGUCCUUAGCGGCCACCAGCAUGGUGUGACUUCGUUACUGUACCCUCAUGGCCUCUCUUCAAAGUCCGACCAAAGCUGGCUGCUGUCGGGGGACCAGAGCUCCUGCGUCAUCCUGUGGGACAUCUUUACUGAGGAAGUGCUGCAUAAGUUUUUCUUGGAAGCUGGUCCAGUAACGAGUCUUCUGAUGUCACCAGAGAACUUCAGACUGAGGGCCGACCGGGCCGUGUGCUGUGUGUGCGGUGACCACUCGGUGGCCCUCCUGCACCUGGAGGAGAAGCGCUUCCUCCUGCGGGCCCGGAAGCACCUCUUCCCCGUGACCACCGUCAGAUGGCGCCCGGUGGAGAACUUUCUGAUUGUUGGGUGCUCCGACGACUCUGUCUACAUCUGGGAAAUUGAGACAGGCACUUUGGAAAGACAUGAGACAGGAGAAAGAGCAAGAAUUAUUCUUAAUUGCUGUGGUGGUUCGCAGCUUCUGAAACCUGAGCCUGUGCUGCCGGCCACCUCGGAGACAUGGAAGCAUAGAAGCGUGGAGCAGGCGCCCUUGGGCUGCCACUGGCCUGGGCCAGGCACCUGCCCCAGUCUGCAGAUGGAGGCCCUGCGGCAGGCCGCGUGUGCCGAGUCCUGCCCAAGGCCCUUUAACGUCUUGCCUGUGAAGACGAAGUGGAGCAGCAUUGGCUUCCACGUUCUUCUGUUUGAUCUGGAGAACCUCGUGGAACUUCUGCUGCCCACUCCACCAGAGCACGCCGGCCCCUCGGGCUCCUUCCAUGGCAGCCAACUGCUGAGGAGAGCCCGGAGCACGGUGGGCAGGAAGACGCUGACCUCGAGGAGGAGCGGAGCUGCCUGUUCCCCAGAGCCCCAGGCCCCACCGGCCGCUGUGGGCCUGGCCCAGGGCAGGGACGCCAUCACCUUCCUGGAGGAAAGCGAGGGCGUUAAAUGGCAGAGGAAGACGAAGAGCUCCCGGAAGACGCAGCCUCAGCCGGCACAACAGGUGAACGCCAGCCUCAUUCUGGACACCGCGAAGCUGUUCCUAUCCUGCCUCCUGCCCUGGGGCGUGGAUCCGGAAUUGGACCGCCUCUGCACCAGGCACCUCAACAUCCUGAAGCUUCAGGGACCAGUUUCUCUAGGCCUGGCUUCCAACCAGGACCACUUCUCACUAAUGCUGCCAGGAGGGAAUUUGUGCAGCCUGGAAACGAAGACAGAGUACUUGAGGGUGAAUUUAUUUUCCAGAAAAGUUUUGGACUUGUCAAAUAAAUACACAGCCACUCUGCCAAGCCAGUUGGGAACAUCAAGAGGACUGGAAAAUGAUUGUGAUUUUUUGCAAGAGUCCAACACCAUCACUUAUUUAUUGAGCAGACUAUUUUUAGUUAAUAAGUUAGUUAAUAUGCCUUUAGAAUCGGCCUGUAAAAUUGACAGAUCCUUCAAAGUGGACUCUAUACAUAAGGUGAAGAGUCCUGUGAAUGAUAUUUUGAAUAUUUCAAGCUUCUAUGGUUAUGUAAGAAAUGGUCAGAGCGACUGUCCGGUUCCUGAGGCCGACCUUUCCCUUGUGAAGUUGAUCUCUUGCUGGCGAGACCAGUCCGUGCAGGUAACUGAAGCGAUACAAGCUGUCCUGCUGGCUGAGGUUGAGCAGCACAUGAGAAGUCUGAGGAAGACCCCAGCAGACAGUUGUCGUGUGUCCCCGGGGUGGAGAGACAGCAGGGAUGGGGUGCCGGCCCUGCCUGAGGAGGACCGGCCCGAAGACCUGGAGCUGCAGCACCUCCGGAGCGCUUGGCCGAUGCACUCUGCAGCCAGUCCGGUCAAGCAUGACAGCAACUCAGAGGUGGCCAACUUCCAGGACUCGAAGGACGUGCCUGACAGAUGCGUCUUGGAAGGGUCUGAGAGUCCAGGUAAGCCCAGACACCAUUCCUGGAUCGCAAAGGUAUGCUCCUGCAAGGUGUGCUGAGUGGACUUACAGUGCAGAAGCCCGGAUGUCCCCAGUUACGAAGUCCAGUCCUGCCACUCACCUCCUAUGGGAAGCAGUUCUGUCUAUCUACAGUGGACUUGCUAAUGCUCUAGCCAGAAUGCACUGAAAGCACAACACUGAUCGAAAAUCCCCAUGUUCUUCUAUACAGUGAUCGCCUAAGUCAGCAAUGGCGAACCUUUUAGAGCUUUCACUGCUACAGACAGCCUGCUGUGGCAUGCAUGCCAUAGGUUCGCCACCACUGGCCUGAAUCAUUCUCUAUCCCUCCUUAUUUUCUGCUAAUAUUUUCAACAAGAAAUGCCAGCCCAUAGAUACAAACUGAACAGUGCUUUGGAUUUGCUUCCAUUUUUUCAAUCCCUGAGUUAUAUAAUAACAUUAAAACCAAUGUAACGCACAAUUUAAUCUUGCUUCAGCGUAUGUAAUGUAAAGCUUCAGCAAAUUUGAUCUGUUGGGUGAGAACACUGCAUCAGUGGAUGCCUGAAUUCAGACCAGUGGCCACAGUGAGUCUCAUCCCUAAGCAUGAGAUGCUGCUAACAAACAGGCAAUUCCCUGUAGUCAUCAAUUAGCCCAGACAAGUGACACUUGGUGUCACAGUUGCCAGACUGGUGCAAUCUAGCUCACUGAGGCUUCUGAGGACAUGGGGCUACUGUCUUCAGCUAAAGCCUGAGCUCACUGGCCACAGAGAUGUGGGCUAGGGAAGGGGGAUCCAUUUCUCUCACACAGUUGACUCUUCUUAAGUGGACGCGCUUACAGUUCUUUUCCCAGAAAGAAGCUUGUCUAGCAGGAAUUCUAAAACUAAAAUAUGAGGAGUAAUAUAAAUAGGAAUUGACAUAAAGUGCUCGUCUAUUAAGGCUGUUAGCAAUCUGAUUUACUUGCUGCAAUUUAUAUUAUACCAUUCUUUGAUUUAUAGAAAAUCUUCUAAGCGUAUUAAUAUGCAUAUAUUAUGAAUACAAAUAUUGCCUAAUCUAUAGAAAAAUGAAGUAUUAAAUAUAUGAUAUAUAGCUCUCUCUACGAGAAAAUUUCAGGUCCCUUCAAAUCGUCAAACACUUUUCUGAGCACUAGAGUCAGUGUCCGUGCCAGGAUGGGGACAGGGAGAGAACCCUGCAGUUCAGUGUGUGGUGUCUGCUGGCAAGGACUCAGCUACUGCCCACUCGGAAUGCAUGGGCCAGAAUGCAGACACCAAGUGUGACCCCUCUAAGGAGGUCCAGGUUGUGCUGUUCGUUUCCUAAGAACGAUGCCCUGUCAGAAGUUGCGUGUUGCACUUGCUUCGGCAGCACAUAUACUAAAAUGGGGAGUUGUCAGACGUCCGUGGAUACGAGUGACCCUAGAAAACUGAAACCUUUGGGAGCUGACCUGUGUAUGCUUUCCUCCUUGGGCGGAAAAGUGGCAGCCCAAAGCCACUUGAGACAAGUUCCGAAGGAAAGCAGGUGGUGACUUUGGCGGUGGGCUUGUCUUCUGCCACACACAGCCACGGUGGGAAGGGCUCUGCCAGUCCCAGCACAGGUGUCUCAUAAGUGCGCAUCCCCGGGACGGGAAAGGUGUGCGACCAAAACCCACUCGCGCACUCCAGCUCUGGAUGAUUAUUGAAGUAUGCUUUCUUAUUUUCAUAGUUAGGGCUCUCCCUUUCUCAAGAUGGCAAACAAUAGGUUUUAACAGUUGCUAUACUUAGCAUUUUCUUGGGUCUAAGAAAACUAAUAUUGAAUUCCUGAAAAAAUACUUUAUGAUGCCACCGGCUAUAGGAAAUUAGAAAUGGCAUAACCCUGACUUUACGAAACAAGGAGUUUUAUUAAUGCUUUAUUAAUGGAGGCCAACACCAUUAACAACCAAGAACUUUAAUUGCUAACAUGAGAGAUUCAGAGAGAGAGAGACUGAAAUGAUGCGUGUACAGUAUCCACAUGCAAAUGCGCUGUGACACAAGUUUGAAAUCUGUCUGAACCGAUGUGCUUAUACUGACUGAUGUCCAACAUGCUUCAGCUCUUCCUGCUGGGGGAAGACUUGGCGGGAGCUGCUGGCAGGGAGCGGGACCAGCCACGUGGUAGUCCUGGCUGCCUGUCCCCCCGCUGCAAGCUCGGACCUGCUUCUCACGGGACCAUGUCUUCCUGUCUGUCUGCAGUGGGCAGUGGGGCCACUGUGUCGACACGUGUGUUUGUAUCUGUAAUAAACACUUCGUUAAAAUUA